GCUCGCUCUCUCUCUCUCACCCCGCUUUACCAUUUUUUCCCCUUCUAGUUUUUCACCCCUCUUUGUUUUUCUCUGUGGGAAUCAUUUCUGCAGUUUCUUGGUUUGUUCUCUCCUUUCUUCAACCUUCUUCCCUCUCUUCUCUCACUCACCUUUCGUGGAUUUCCAGUACAUAACAAAAGUCCUCGGUCUUUAAAUUUAUCUCUCUUAACUCCACGUUACAAUGUCCAAACUCUUUAUCGGAGGCCUCGCAUGGCACACCAAUGACGAUGCUCUUCGCGACGGUUUCUCCAAGUACGGUGCCGUUGAGGAAGCUGUUGUCGUCAAGGACCGCGACACCAACCGCAGCCGGGGUUUCGGUUUCGUUCGCUUCGCCAGCGACCAGGAUGCCGACGCCGCCAUGAACGCCAUGAACAACCAGGAAUUCGACGGCCGCGUCAUCCGUGUUGACAAGGCCUCGGAGCGCUCCGACCGCAGCGGCGGCGGUGGCUUCCACGGCCGUGGUGGAUACAACCGUCCUGAGGGCAACGGCGGCGGCUACGGCGGCUACCGUGGUGGAUACGGCGGCGGUGGCGGUGGUUACAACAACGGCGGCGGCUGGCGUAACCAGCAGCAGGAGCCUGCUGUCUAAACGUUGUCGAUUCGGGUCUAUCUGGCAAAUCUUCGGUCACCAUGCUG